AGCGGCGUAUAUCGGCAGGGCACAGCUGGGCGGAGACUAGAGUGAAGCGCACUGAAGAGCCUCGGCAGCAGCGCACAGUGCUAGUAGCUUGGCAGGGUCCCGGUGUGUGUGAGGAGGCCCCUCAGGUCCGGCCGUGACAGCUCCGUGUGCUCAGGGUCUGCAUUUAUUUGAAGAUAUUUCUCUUGCUGGAUUACAGUUUAAUUCUAACUGUGUGGACGCCCCAAGAGGAAAUUUGCGAAUGGGAUGAAUUUGCUGCUGCUGAGCCCUUUUCUUCAGCUCAGUGAAUAACAUUAUCCAACGGGUGAACUUACCUAGUUAUGUUUCCAUUUUCACAACACCCCAUUUGAGUUUGCUUGUCUUCAAAAAGAAUUCAAAGUGGAGUACCGCAAACUUGAUAUGGAUGGCAAGAAGAAAGACAAGGACAAACCUGAUGAAAGAAUGGCCCGGCCAAGUGGCCGUUCAGGUCACAACACACGUGGUACUGGAUCUUCGAACUCUGGAGUAUUAAUGGUCGGGCCUAAUUUUAGAGUUGGAAAAAAAAUUGGUUGUGGCAAUUUUGGAGAACUCAGAUUAGGAAAAAACCUGUACACAAAUGAAUAUGUGGCAAUUAAAUUGGAACCAAUGAAAUCCAGAGCACCGCAACUACAUUUGGAAUAUAGGUUCUACAAGCAGCUAGGAUCUGGAGAUGGUGUACCUCAGGUUUACUAUUUUGGCCCUUGUGGUAAAUAUAAUGCCAUGGUGCUAGAGCUACUAGGCCCAAGCUUGGAAGACUUGUUUGACUUGUGCGACCGAACAUUUUCCCUCAAGACCGUUCUUAUGAUAGCCAUACAGUUGAUAUCCCGCAUGGAAUAUGUUCACUCCAAGAAUUUGAUUUAUAGAGAUGUAAAACCUGAAAACUUCUUAAUAGGCCGACCAGGAAACAAGAACCAGCAAAUCAUUCACAUUAUAGAUUUUGGAUUGGCAAAAGAAUACAUAGAUCCAGAAACAAAGAAGCACAUACCAUACAGAGAACACAAGAGCCUUACGGGAACUGCUAGAUACAUGAGUAUUAAUACACAUCUAGGAAAAGAGCAAAGUAGAAGAGAUGAUUUAGAAGCAUUAGGGCAUAUGUUCAUGUAUUUCCUGCGAGGCAGCUUACCGUGGCAAGGCUUGAAGGCUGACACAUUAAAAGAAAGAUAUCAAAAAAUUGGAGACACAAAGAGAUCAACACCAAUUGAAGUGCUUUGUGAGAACUUCCCAGAAGAGAUGGCAACAUAUUUACGCUAUGUAAGAAGACUAGACUUUUUUGAGAAGCCUGACUAUGACUACUUAAGAAAACUUUUUACCGAUUUGUUUGAUCGUAAAGGAUAUAUGUUUGAUUAUGAAUAUGACUGGAUUGGAAAGCAACUGCCUACACCUGUUGGACCUAUCCAUGCAGACCCUGCACUUUCAUCAAACAGAGAAGCACAUCAACAUAGAGAUAAAAUGCAGCAAGCCAAAAAUCAGGUUGUAAGUUCUACAAACGGUGAGCUAAACACGGACGAUCCAACAGCAGGGCACUCAAAUGCACCGAUCACAGCCCCAGCCGAGGUGGAAGUCCUAGAUGAAACAAACUGCCAGAAAGUGUUGAACAUGUGGUGCUGUUGCUUUUUCAAGAGAAGGAAAAGGAAAACUAUUCAACGCCACAAAUGACUCUGGAAACGUACGACCACGUUUUUCUUUUCUACCCUUUUACAGAAAACGAUCAUGUUCCCAUGCUUUAGUUUGGUUGUUUUACAUUCUUUAUUUCAAUGUCUAGAAGCUUUAAAAUGUUGUCAAUAUAGGAUGAUUUCAGUGGACCAAUGAUGUGGUACAAACAAGAAUGGCUGUCUUCAGCCAAGUAUAGUUACAACAUCUUGUCAGUUGCAAGGUGUCUGCUGAAAGCUAUUUACAAACAAAUAGUGGGAAAAAAUAAGUUUGCUAAAGCUUUAAAAUAACACACUAAAGUCUUACCCGUAGUGAUUUACUGGCAAAGGAUUAAAGUAUUACAUGAAUGGUACUGCAAUAAUUAGUCAUUAGCAUUACCUUUCUCUUUAUCAUAAAAUGGUACAGCCACUGCCCAGAGGUACAGAGGAGAAGAUCCGAGUUCAGAAUUGAUUAAAACUGUGUAAAUGUGCAACAACUGUGUGUGCUGCGGCACAACAUUUGCAUUGUACCUCUUGCAGGGAUAGAGAGAAGCAGAAGCAUUUAUAAUUGUGCAACAUCUCCUAAAUAUAUAUGCUGUAACAUGUGCUUCAUGGUAAUAUGGUUAGACAACGUGAGUUAAAACUUCCACAGUCGACGAAUUAUAUGUAAUAUAUAUGUGAAGAAGAAAAAAAAAACACUAAUGAGGAGUUAAGGGUUCUGCGGCCAUAAAUUAUGCAAAUGGGAGCUGUGCAACACAUGGCAUACUGCUUGCUACAUGCGAGCGUUAUACUCCGUUAACUGAAUCUUUUGGAUGCGUUGUAGUUGUAUAUAGAUAAUUCUUCUCUUUGUCAGGGAGCAGCAAAUUGGAUUGGUCACUGCCUUCUGUAUGGCUACAGUUAGCCGGUGCUUUCAGAUUUCUCACCUGAAUGCUCAAAUUGUAGUAGCUAAUAACAAAAGCAUUAGUUGGCACUUCCUUGCUACCCGUUAGUCUUUUGAAGUGUCUGCAUUAUAGGAAAACAAGUAUAUGGCAUGCCCCUUUUCUCCAGUUUGUAUCAUAAACACAGAAGAUAGCUUCACAGGCCAGAAAGGCUGUCGUCAUACAGAACCAAGUAACUUCUCAAUGAGGAAGCCCAGAUAACUGUGCAAUGGUCACAUUAAAAGAAUGGACUGUAUUUUCAAGGGAGUUUUGAAGGAAAGUGACUAGAACAAAUAUCAUGACCAUACUUUUUGGUUAAUUUAAAUCAAAAGGAAAAUAUCCAAAAGUCUCCUGGGGCGAAUUCGUCAUUUUUGUUUUCUAUCAGUGCACGCCUUACGGCUAACUUAUUUAUUUUUACGUCUUGUUUAUGGUAACAUAAAAUGUGUAUUUCAGAAUAUGUAAAUGCACAUCUUUGCAUUCAUUAUUGCAUUUACAGGGAUUUUAAAUGUAAUUUGUAAUUUAUUUUGUUAACAACCAGGAGUGCAGUGCUUAUUUUCAUGGUCUAUGCGCUCACAUAAAACUCACAAAAAAUACUGAUCUGGUGUUUUUGUUUUGUUUCUUGGUUCCCCCCCCCCUUUUUUUGUUACAUUGGUCAAAUUACGGAACUCUGCCCUUAAGUCAUUUAAAAUAUGCAUAUGGUCUGCAGGUUUUUUCACGCCUUGUUUCUGUUGAUAUCUUACCACUCAAAAAUUAUAUAUACUUACAUAUAUAAAUAUAUAUCUAUUUUUUUCAUUAUGGAAAGUGAAAGAAGAUUUGUGGCCAUUCUAAUGUGAAAUCACUUCUGUCUCUACAGUAUUUGACCAAAUUUUGUUGCACCAUAUUGUAAAUACAUGCAGCAACUUGUGUUUCUUAUGAUACAUCUGUUUAUUUUGUUUCUCAAUAGAUAUUUUUUUCCUUUGGGGGGGAUGGGGUGGGAGGCGGCAGUUUGGCCUGUACAGUGUUUAUAUGAUCUGAACUUAUCAAACAUAACAAGAAAAAAAUGUAUAGUAAUCCAAUGUGGACUUCAAAUAUUUAAAAUACAGUACCCUUUAUUUGCUGCAAAGACCAGUAUGUAGACAUUUUGCUUUUUAGCAAUAUUUAAGUGCUCCAUUUACUGCCUUGACAGGAGAAUGACCUCCAUGGCAGCACAAACUGGUCAACAAUAGGUAAUGCAGGUAUGUUCAGGUUAAGCCAACAAUUCUUCGCAUUUUUAAGCUUUUUCCCCAUCUAUACUAAUGAAGUCAACAUUGCCUGAAUGUUUAAAUAAUAAAAUACAUCCCUGUUUAAAAAGUAUGUAACUGAAGAAAUAAAAAAUAAAGGUAGUUUUUUUUUUAA